AUGAACAAACGCUCCCUCUUCAUACCUCGUGUUUGUGUUGGAAUCGUGGCCAUCACUCUGUACACAUUCAUUGCAGACGAAAGCUACUGGAUCAACUUCAACAUGGGCUCUGGAAAGAGUCACGUUGACAUUCUUACGGCUGAUGUCAAACAGCUGGAGCGGCUACUUUGCCAAGGCAAGGUGACCAGCAGCCAUCUUGUCAAGCUCUACCUUGGACAGAUCGAGAAGCAUGAUGGUUACCUGCAUGCCAUGAUCCAGAUCACGCCCAGAGAAAUUCUCCUUAAAAGGGCUCACGAACUUGACGCUGAACGCAAGGCAGGCAGGAAACGUACGAGGCCCGCUGCAUGGUCCGCCAGAGCGCGACGAUUGUGGACAUGGUUGGUGUUCCAGGGAUUUUCUUUUAUUUUGCUUUAUUUAUUUGAUUAUAUUUCUUCUCCAUCUUUAUCAAAGAAGCUCUGGCUCAUGGAUGAUCAGCUGCUUCGAAAUGGUGCCAUAAUUCUUGGGAAAUCGAAUCUCAGCGAAUUUGCCAACUGGCGCGGCAUCAUGCUCCCAAGUGGCUGGUCUGCGGUUGGCGGCCAGACGCAAUCGGCUUAUGUUCUUGGCGGCGUGCAAUACAACGAUGGCAAAGACGGCCACAGUGUAAGGUCGUCUUCGGGAUCUGCCGUCGCUGUAUCUGCAGGAUAUUCGCCUGUCUCCAUCGGUACUGAAACAGAUGGCUCACUGAUAUGUCCUGCUGGGAGAGCUGCCCUUUACACCAUCAAGCCAAGCAUUGGCCUUGUCCCACAGGAUGGUAUCGUCCCAGCAUCACUACUCUUUGACACCGCUGGCCCAAUGACAAAAUCUGUCUAUGAUUUGGCGAUUUUGCUUGACGCAAUUUCGGACCCUGCUGAGUCCUUCACGUCGAGCAUCACGCGCUUGUGGAGCGAUAUCUCAGUCGGGGUCCUCGACCCUACACUUUGGAAAUUUCCUGAUACUUUCAUCAAACCUAUUCCUGAAGCGGAUGAACAGAUACUUCACGACAUUACCGGUGCAUAUGCCACCAUAAAGGCCAAGGCCAAGAAUUUUGUCGAUAACGUCCCUCUAAACACCAUCGAUUCGCUCGGGUUUCAUGGGAAUAAUAGCGAGAUCACGGUUCUGAAAACGGACAUGAAGAAGCUCUUGAAUCAGUACCUCGAAGACCUGCCGGAGAGCAAAGUGCGAAGUCUCCAGGAUGUCAUCGACUUCAACAAGAAACAUGCUGAGCAGGAAUUACCCCCUCAUCAUGCCAACCAAGACUUCUUCCUUCAAACUCAAGACCAAGAGUUAUCGAGCGAAGAAUACAAAAACACACUGCAGCACUUGAGACACGUGACGCGUGAUCAGGGCAUUCACAAGAUCUUGCAGGAAUAUGACCUCGACGUCAUUAUUGGCCCAGCUGACAGCUUCAUCACCUCGCUUGCGGCCGGAAGUGGCUAUCCCGUGGCCGGAAUGCCACUCUCAUAUCUGAAGUUCAACGGUCGACCGCUCGGAUUUGCAGCACUCGCGGGGAAGAAGCAGGAUGCAUUAUUGGUCAAGGUGAUGAGUGCUUGGGAAGCUACUUUUCCCACAAGAAAGCCCCCGCAGCUCGCAUAA